AUGACCGAGAUCGACUGUUACCACAUACAGUGCGCGGACAAAGCAGCCAAAGGCAACGGCAAAGUACAAAUUGUGCUACCACAUUACAAUCUGUCAGGAGUUCAGCAAAGCCUAACUUUCGGGUUCAACUGUGACUUGAGUCAGAACUUCCAGUCAUGGGAGCGCAUGGAUACCGAGGCCACGCAGUCCACGACUCGACGUAGUGCGACUCCAGGUCCCUCCACAACCAGAAGAGAAUAUGUCACCCACGAGCAGACCGUCGACCCGACGGGAAUGCAUCCAUCCCAUGAAACCAUCACGGAGACCUAUCGUAAGGAGAGGGUCCAGAUUGGCGCCGAACCACCCAAAGUACCGGGCCCGAUCCGAGCUAUUGGAUCUGACGGAGAACCUCGCUCUGAAGCCACACGAAAGGAAUUGGCUUGGUUCUUGCAAGACGCAGCUCCUCGAUUCCGGGUUAAACGGGACAAAGUGCGAGACCAGGUCAGCUUUGUCUCAGACGAAUUGCCCUCAACUCCUAGGGGGAUCCCGACCGACGUGAUCCACGAGUUCAAGUGGAAGAUCAUCCGGCUUUGUGACAAGGGAUCUGAGAGCAGCAUCCGCUGUGCCAACUAUAUCCAUAGCAGCUUGAAUAAUGGUGAAUAG